GUGGCGACCCGACCAGGUGGGGAACGGAGUUUUGUGGCUUCCCCUUUCUCCAUCCUCACCUGUUCCCCGUUCCACAUCACACUCGGCCCGGCGACGAGCCAAAUCCCCACCAAAUCCCUAGGGCUUCGCCGCGAGCGCGGCCGGCGAGGAGUUAACUGAGGAAGGCAACGGCCCGGCGAAGGAUUCCGCAUAGCUCGAAACGGGGUGAGGGCAGAGUGCGUGUGCCAGAGAAGGAGGAGAAGGUAGCGGCGGCGGGGGAGGGGGUGGACCUGAUGAUUCUGCGCCGAGGGACGCGAGAUCCUGCUGCUUCGAUGACCCGAGGUAUGGCUGCAGCGAUGUACAAUACUGAAAACUGGGACGGCACCCAUGUCCUGGAAGGCAAGGUGCAAGACAAUAGGCAAGAUAAUUCAAGAGCAGGCAUUUCUUCUCAAGCAUCCAGAUUCAACAUAGGGAAGAGGAGGCAACUACAGGUGAAGGCUAGCAGUAUCACACGGGAGGUACAGAGGGGUAGUCCCAGUAGUUCAAGAACUAACCAGGAAUCAAGAUUUUCUGUUUUGUUUUUGCCCAAGGAUUAGUAGGGAUAAUAGUAGUGCAGAGUACUUCUACCUUGGUGUUUUUUCUGGGAGGAAUUUCCCAGUUUGUUGAAAUUUUCUUGCCAACGUUUGCUCCACAAUAUUGCCUGAUCAGCAACAAAGAGUUGCAGGGCAAAAUCUAUGGCCUUCAGGAUA